AUGGUGUUUGUUGCAAUGGACAGAGAAUCCAGGGUGACAGAGCUGGUUUGUCAGUCAAAAGAAGCAGAAGAAGCAGCAGGUGUAGAAACAGGGUACGAGGAACUGAUCCAAGAAGGACACAAGGUUAUUGACAAUGCACCCGUUCCAGGAGAUGGCGAGCUAAUAAUUAAAGAAGAACAUACAUGUGAUAACAAAGAAAGGCUACGUAGGCAUAGGAAAGCCGACAAACUAGAGCAUGCUUUGAACCAAUCAAUAUUAGAACAGGCAAGAAAUGAGAAAUCUAGACAAGAUGGUGAUGUAUCUGAAAGGAAGAGGAGGAGGAACUCUGCAAGUAAAAGCGAAGCUACAGAUAUGCGAGAAGAUCGGCCCUAUUCACAAGUCAAUGGUAUGAGUACAAUUUCCCGAGGUUCUGACGAAUAUACCACAGAAGAGCUAAAAAUGGUGCUAGGGUCCAACUAUACUGUUUCCCCUGCGAUUAAACAAGAGAUAUACGAUUUGAAUUGCUCGUUCCCGAAUCUGGACCAGAGCUAUAGGAUAUUUAAUAAGAUUGGUGAAGGUACAUUUUCAACUGUUUAUUUGGGUCAAAAGGUUGGCGAUAGUCUGAGCAAUGAGAAACCCAGAGACACUUCCCUAGUUGCAUUGAAGAGGAUUUAUGUAACUUCAUCACCUCAAAGAAUUUACAACGAAUUGAACUUGUUGUAUUCUCUACGGGGGAGCCAGAAUGUUGCUCCGCUAUUGGACGUUUUGCGGUUUGAAGAUCAGGUUAUAGCAGUUUUGCCAUUUUACCAACACUCUGACUUCCGUGACUUUUACAGGGAUUUACCACUCUAUGGUAUUAAAACGUACAUGCAUGAGCUGUUACUUGCACUUAAUUUUAUUCAUGAAAGAGGCGUCAUUCAUAGAGACAUUAAGCCUACCAAUUUCUUGUACAAUCCGUUUACAAGACGGGGCGUUUUAGUCGACUUUGGUCUAGCAGAAACACAAAGCGAAUGUAUCUCUAGUAAAUGCCCUUGCUAUACUCGAAGUGAGUUUAAGAAUGUUUACCGGCAGCUUGAAGUAGAAAACAAUAGUCAGUUUCCGAAAAACGGAUAUUUAAAAGAUGACCAAAGGCCCGGUAGACGUGCAAAUCGUGCUGGUACGAGAGGUUUCAGAGCACCUGAAGUUUUGCUGAAGUGUAACAACCAAACAAAGAGUAUCGAUAUUUGGUCGGCAGGUGUUAUGCUACUUACGUUAUUAUCAAGGAGAUUCCCCUUUUUCAAUUCCACAGACGAUGUUGAUGCACUUAUGGAGAUCACUGCAAUAUUUGGGGUGGAGGAGAUGAAAAAAUGUGCAGCCAUCCACGGUUUAGGCUUUGAAUGUAAUUACCCAAGGUUCAAGGAUAGGAUUAAGCUUGAAACACUUGUUGCUAAUGCCGUGUUAAUGGAUUGUAAAGAGGGCGACACAUUUGCGGAUGAUUCUCCUGCAUGGGAAUUGUUAUGUGCCGUAGAUAAAAAAGGUACUGUUUCGGAGUCUUCGCUAGGGCAGGAGUACCGGGAUGCAUUUGAAGUGCUGAAUGAAUGUAUGGUGCUUGAUCCGUUGGAUCGUCCAUCUGCAUCAGAAUUGUUAACAUACCCUUUCUUCUCUGAUGUUGUUUAG